GUGCCCUUGGUUUCCAGAAUAUGCCCGAAUGACGUCUGUCGCAUUUGGAAAAGUGGUGCCAAACUGCGUGUGGAUAUCACAUUGCUGGGAUUUGAGAACAUGAGCUGGAUAAGAGGGAGGCGUAGUUUUAUAUUUAAGGGAGAAGACAACCGGGCAGAGCUGAUGGAAGUCAACCACGAUGACAGAGUGGUCACCACUGAGCACUUUGACCUUUCCCAGGAAAUGGAGCGCCUCACUCUGGACUUGAUGAAGCCAAAAGGCAGGGAAGUUGAGAGGCGGCUCACGAGCCCAGUCAUUAACACCAGCCUCGAUACUAAAAAUAUUGCUUUUGAAAGGUACGCGUUUAGGGUCUGCAUUUUAAUGUCUAAUCCCUUUACUGCCGUCUUUAGUGGCAUGUAGAUAUCAAUCGGAAAUUUUGGGUGGGUUGGGGUUUUUCUAAUAUGGUAUAAUACACAGUAGUGGGUUUUUAACACUGCUUUCUGUUCUAACCAAGUAGAAGCCAUGGCUGACGUCCUCUUCCAUAGA